AUAUUAACAUUUGUAACAUAACAAUUAAGAACCACCUUCUUUCGUUUGCCCUUGUGAAAAAAAAACAAAAAUAAAAAUCAGUAAAGAGGAGGAAGUCGAGGGGAGAGGGUUUUUGGUGAAGAAGAAUCAUCUCUCUCUCUCUGCUUCUUCGCAGCAGCAGCACGUUUCUUUCUUGCUCUUCGCCGUGCCCUACUAACCUAUUAUUCGUCUCUUCAGCUACAUUCUGCUCGUGAAAAUGACCUCCACUGAUGUUUCCUCUGGUGUUUCCAAUUGCUAUGUUUUCAAAAGUCGGUUGCAGGAGUAUGCUCAGAAGUACAAGCUCCCAACGCCUGUUUAUGAGAUCGUUAAAGAAGGCCCUUCACACAAAUCUUUAUUUCAAUCGACUGUGAUACUGGAUGGUGUCAGAUAUAAUUCUUUGCCUGGAUUCUUCAAUCGUAAGGCUGCAGAGCAAUCAGCUGCCGAGGUUGCUCUCCGGGAAUUAGCAAAAUCCAGUGAGCUAAGCCAAUGUGUUUCACAACCUGUUCACGAAACGGGAUUAUGCAAGAACCUACUUCAAGAAUACGCUCAAAAGAUGAAUUACGCGAUUCCAUUGUAUCAGUGCCAGAAGGUCGAAACUCUUGGGAGAGUUACACAAUUCACAUGUACUGUAGAGAUUGGAGGCAUAAAGUACACAGGAGCUGCAACAAGAACUAAAAAAGAUGCUGAGAUUAGCGCUGGGAGAACUGCUCUUUUAGCGAUCCAGUCAGACACUAAAAACAACCUUGCCAACUACAACACUCAGCUUACUGUACUUCCUUGUGAGAAGAAGACAAUACAGGCAGCUAUCCCGCUUAAAGAAACCGUCAAGACUCUUAAAGCCAGGAAGGCUCAGUUCAAGAAGAAAGCUCAGAAAGGAAAACGCACAGUAGCUAAAAAUCCUGAAGAUAUUAUCAUCCCUCCUCAACCUACUGAUCAUUGUCAAAACGAUCAGUCAGAGAAAAUUGAGACAACGCCAAAUCUGGAACCUUCUUCAUGCAUGAACGGGUUAAAGGAGGCAGCAUUUGGGAGUGUGGAGACAGAGAAAAUUGAGACAACGCCAAAUCUGGAACCUCCUUCAUGCAUGAACGGGUUAAAGGAGGCAGCAUUUGGGAGUGUGGAGACAGAGAAAAUUGAGACAACGCCAAAUCUGGAACCUCCUUCAUGCAUGAACGGGUUAAAGGAGGCAGCAUUUGGGAGUGUGGAGACAGAGAAAAUUGAGACAACGCCAAAUCUGGAACCUUCUUCAUGCAUGAACGGGUUAAAGGAGGCAGCAUUUGGGAGUGUGGAGACAGAGAAAAUUGAGACAACGCCAAAUCUGGAACCUCCUUCAUGCAUGAACGGGUUAAAGGAGGCAGCAUUUGGGAGUGUGGAGACAGAGAAAAUUGAGACAACGCCAAAUCUGGAAUCUUCUUCAUGCAUGAGCGGGUUAAAGGAGGCAGCAUUUGGGAGUGUGGAGACAGAAGCAAGCCACGCAUAACAGUGUCAAGAUGGAGUCUUGUGAGUUUGUCAUAGUUACUAUAUGGUUACGUAGCCAUUUUGUGAUUCCUAUCUAGUCUAGUAGUAAUUCACAGAUUGAAGAGAAGUAAUAUUUGAGCGGAAAAUCAAAACUAAUAUGAUUGGUACAAUUUGGUGGUCGAUUGAGUCAUUCGAAUAAAGUAAUGUGGGGUUGCAAAACAGAAGCUUCAUAUCUACAUAUAAAUGAAAAUUACUCUCAAACUUCAUUAUUUGUGGGCCGGUUAUAAAAACACAAACCCAACAGAAGGUCCAUUACCCUCACUCUUCAUUAUU